AUGGAGAAUGACUGCAUAGAGGAUAUGGACAUUGAAGUCCUCCCUUCAAUGUGGCCUGAGGAUAUUGGAACUGAUGUUGGAAAGCAGUUUAAUAUAGAAAAGCCUGGGAGAGACCAAGAUAUGUUGGAGGAGGUUACAAUCAUAGAUGAGCCAACUAUAGUUGAUUUCAAGCGUCUUAUGGAGCUUACAAAUUUCACAGAAAAGGGGUCUUCUCAAUUGGCAUAUCUUAUGAAACACUGGGAGUAUAAGCAGGCCAAUGUCGCGCGCCUACUAAGAGAAGAACUUGACAACCUAAGCCAGCAAAGGCAGGAUGUUGAGCUUAGGAAAUUGGAGAUAUUGGAAGAGCAUCGAUUCGAGGAAGAAAGAUAUGGAGGUGAUAAACGCCCGGUUUCUAUAUUGGAUGAUAUUUAUGAUGAUAUAUGGCAAGAUGUGCCGUCUAGGAAAAGUGAUGUUGUGGUUCAAAACAAGAAAAUUGAGAUUGAUGCUGAGUAUGAUACUGUCAUAUAUUGGAAACAGCGAGCACUUCAUUUAGAAAAGCAGCUAGAAGCAAGUGUCCAUAGAGAACAAAUACUUGAAGAGAAGUUACAUGAAAGUAUAACAAACAUUGAGAGACAGUCCUCGCCUGUGGAAGAACUCUCCCAGAUUCUGAAGAGGGCAGAUAAUUUCUUACAUUUUAUACUCCAAAAUGCACCUGUUGUUAUUGGCCAUCAGGACAAAGAGCUGCGCUAUCGCUUUAUCUAUAAUCAUUUUCCAAGUUUACAAGAGGAGGACAUCAUAGGAAAAACUGACGUUGAAAUAUUCACGGGAUCUGGAGUUAGGGAAUCUCAAGAUUUUAAGAGAGAAGUUUUGGAAAAAGGAUUGCCUGCAAAAAGGGAAAUCACUUUUGAGACAGAACUAUUUGGGUCAAAGACAUUCUUGAUAUAUGUAGAACCUGUCUUUAGUAAGGCAGGGGAAACAAUUGGAAUAAACUACAUGGGAAUGGAUGUAACAGAUCAGGUGAGAAAAAGAGAAAGGAUGGCAAAGAUUCGGGAAGAGAUUGCUGUUCAGAAAGCCAAGGAAACAGAACUGAAUAAAACCAUUCACAUUACAGAGGAAACUAUGCGAGCAAAACAAAUGCUAGCAACAAUGUCUCAUGAGAUAAGGUCCCCACUAUCUGGGGUUGUUAGCAUGGCUGAAAUUCUUUCCACCACAAGACUUGAUCGGGAGCAAAGACAGCUAUUGGAUGUCAUGCUAUCUUCUGGAGACUUGGUUCUACAACUUAUAAAUGACAUACUUGAUCUUUCCAAGGUUGAGUCAGGAGUUAUGAAGUUGGAAACUACCAAAUUCCGGCCAAGAGAAGUGGUGAAACAUGUACUCCAGACAGCUGCAGCAUCAUUGCAGAAAAUAUUAACUUUAGAAGGACAUGUGGCAGAUGGUGUACCUAUUGAGGUGAGGACUUGUGUCAUUGGUGAUGUUUUAAGGAUUCGACAAAUUCUCACAAAUUUAAUCAGCAAUGCCAUCAAGUUUACCCAUGAAGGCAAGGUUGGGAUUAACCUUUAUGUUGUGCCAGAGCCAACUUUUGCAAAAGCAACUGUUUCAGUGGAUGAAGUGAAGGAAGAGAACCAAAACCAUGCAUUCAAUGAUGAAUGUAGAUCCCCGGUUAAAAGCGAAUGCUCAAUGAACGGAGACACUGAGGAGCAACCUCAUUCAGCUGAAACAACAGUUUGGAUACGUUGUGAUGUAUAUGACACAGGCAUUGGAAUACCAGAAAAUGCUAUACCAACUUUAUUUAAAAGAUACAUGCAAGUCAGUGCAGACCAUGCUCGAAAAUAUGGUGGCACAGGGCUUGGACUAGCAAUAUGCAAACAAUUGGUUGAGUUAAUGGGGGGUCGCCUAACAGUGUCUAGCAAAGAGCACCAUGGUUCUACCUUCACUUUCAUACUCCCAUGCAAGGUUUCAAUCGCUUGUGAUAAUUCUGAUGACCCUGAUGAGCUCUCAGAUGUGGAGAACAAUGAUGCUGCAUGUGAUGGUACAAUAGAGGGUUUCUUCCAAUUCCAGCCACGUACCUUGGGCUCUCUUUUCUCCUCUAAUGGAACCAGCAGGACACAAAAGUUAUUACCUCACAAAAUUGGCUACUUAAGCUCACAUAAACUUAGUGGGUUUUCAGAGAGUUUAUACUCAUUCCUCUCUAAUGAUAUAAUGUCAAAAGGAACAUGUUCAGUUGAUGAUGCAUCUUCAGUGAUUGAUGCUCCACAGAUGUCUGAAUCGGCUAGUUCAUCUGGUCACAGCCCAGAAACAAAGAAGGAAACUUUAUUCAGCAGAGUUGAACAGCAUCAAGAUAAGGCUCAUGCUUGGUCCCUGAAUGGUAGUGCAGAAUCUUCUGAACCUGUGGUAGCAAAUACAGCUAGCCAAUCCUUUACGAGCAAUGGAACAUUGGAAGUAACCAAAUCCACAUUAAAUCCUAGGAUCCUUCUUGUUGAAGAUAACAAGAUUAAUGUCAUGGUGACACAAUCAAUGAUGAAACAGUUAGGUCAUAGCAUAGAUGUUGUGAAUAAUGGAGUGGAAGCAGUACGUGCAGUUCAACGCCGCAAUUAUGACCUGAUUCUGAUGGAUGUCUGCAUGCCAGUUAUGAAUGGUCUUCAAGCAACAAAACUGAUUCGAUCUUUCGAGGAAAUGGGCACUUGGGAUGCUGCAAGAAAUGCUGGAAUUGAGCAAAGUGCACCAGAUCAAGAUUAUGAAUGUUAUGUACCAUCUCCAAAGCGGAUCCCCAUUGUCCUGACAGCAAAUGCUUUGUCAGAGAGUGCUGAAGAGUGUUUUGCAAAUGGUAUGGACUCGUUUGUGUCAAAACCUGUGACUUUCCAAAGAUUGAAAGAAUGUCUCGAACAAUAUCUUAGGUGA